AUGCAGCCAGCGGUCAUGAAGGGGUUGAUGCUGAUGAUGGCGGCGGCGGCGGCAGUCGAUGGAGCUCGGCCAUGCCCGACGUCCACGACAGAGUUCAAGAACAAGAUCAACUCGCUGAGAGGAGUGAACGGUCACUUCAUCUCCGCCUCAGUGUCUUGGAAGAGAAUUAGCGAAAGGACAGCUCAGUUCGAGAUCUGGAGCACUUGGCGAAGAAAGUAUGGAUGGCCUUGUCCUACAGACACAGGGUUCAAUGGUGAAGAUGGGUGGCCUGUCAUAGGAGAGAGAUUGAGCGUAGUUGGACUGGCGAGGGCAGCGGAUUCCAACAAGGACGUAACUAUCAAGUUCUACACGGGUGAUGGAACGAGUUAUGAUGUUGAGUUCGAUGUCACCUCCUACUCCAUCCCAGAGGAUUGGGUGAUGGGUGUCACCUAUAUUACCCACACGUACCAACAACCCUUCGGCUCCUCGUCUCCCUUCUACCCCACCUCGUACGUUGCGGACCCAGCGGUCGGAAUCAUGCAGCCUGUGCAAACGUAUCCCUGGACAGCCUACUUUGCUGGCUGCUGCAAACAGUGGUACAAGGAUGGAACGACCCCUGAAUUCUAUAUUGAGACCAAAGUUGACCUGACAAACCACCUAACCUCAGCGAGGAUCGUCUCGCUGCCUUUCCUCUCUCAUGCUGAUUCAGCCCCCCGGCCCAUCUCCAUGUGUGCGUUGCCUGUGGGCGGGAAGGCUGCCCAGGUGGAGCUGACAGGAAGUACCCUGAACUGGCAGCAUGACGACAAUCGACCUGCUUCGUUCUCUUGGACUGUCUCUGGUACCCUGGGCGUCUCCAUUGUUGGGCCCACAGACAAGAGCUGUGUUGUCAUCAGCAUCCCCGAUACCUCUGCAGUGAAUGGCACAGCGAACUACUUGACGGUAGAGUGCAAGAUGGGCACGUCUACGGUUCAAGGCACAUACCCGCUGUUAAUGUAUGGAAGCUCCAGCUUCGUUUCCUCCAACCGCCAUCUGUUCGGCUGCUCCGACAACGUCGCUUGCGAAGUGAACGUAACGUUGGGAAAGUUCCUCCUGCCAUAUGAUUUCUAUUGGCGUGAGGUUGGUGAUGGAAACAGAUUGGAGGGCAGGUAUGUCGUUGCAUCGCAGAGCAGGGGAGCGUUGGUGGCUACUGCACCAGUGGGGAUGAAUUAUACCACGUCUCUGAGCAUGGUGGACAACGCAGAUCUGCCUACAGGCUCUCGAUUUGUUUCUGCGAGCUUGACUGGGAUGUUUGUCACGGAUCUUGAUGUUCAAUACCUGACUGGUAAGAGCAACUCAGACCCAAGGUCCCAGCUUCCUAUUUCAAGUGGUCAGAGAGAUUACUUCUCCAACGGCAUGUUGCCUGCUGGCUGGCAGGAGGUGCCGAACAGCGACUUCAAUGGUCCUAAUGGAGGUGCGAUCGUGCGCCUGCUAAUCAAGAAGGAAACGCCUGCAGGAGACGGGAGGAACGACAUCGACUACAGCCGGUUUGCGGCCAUCACGGACAUUCAGCUAGCAAGUGCGUCUCAAGUGCCUCACUGGACCAGCAUCGGUUACCUCAAGCUGGACAAGAACCUGCUGGAUCAAAGUCAGACAGGGGAAGUAUACAUCAUGUACAAAAGAGGCAGCGGCUCUCCUAUCAUGGACGUGACGGCGACUCCGACCGCGGGCUACACCAACCUGACGGCGAGCACUCAGGGACCGGGGGGGAAGGUUGGGACUGUCAACCUCUACGUCAAGUUCUACAACGAGUCGAUCCUAGAACGGUACAUGCUCUGGAAGCCUUGCGAGCGAGUCGAGAGCUCGACUGUCCUAUGUUUCUCCUCGUUCUACAGCACGGCUUCAAACCUGUUCCAGCUGGCGCAAGGGCCGCAGCAGUGCGUCAAGAUGGAGGUGGUACGCAGCAAACCUCCUGAGGUGACGAUAAUGGCGGGCCAGCCCUACGUGGCGACGAUGGGCAAGAUGAUGGAGAUAGAGUUUCAUGUUCAGAGAAUGGAUCUUCCUCUUACUAACAUGGAGGACUUCCCCUCCAUGGGCCUCGCAGCUUACCUGACGAGGCCCGGGCAGUCCCUAGACCAAGCAAGGAUGAACUCGUCAGGCGUCCUCCAAGGGCUGAGAUGGGUGGGAGGAGACAAGACUUCCAGCCAACUCUCGAGAAUCGACCAGGUGGAGGGAGGGUUCCGAGGGUUCCUGCAGUGGACGCCGUCGCCAGCUCAGGGCGGAUGGCAAGGGUCGAUCUGCCUGACCGCCUGCAUCUCGCCCUCGACUUGCUUCCCCGUAGACGCCCCACCAACUGACUACUGUAGCGAGAAAUGCUUGCAUGUGGUGGUGGAGAAGUGCAAGUGGUACUUGGGCAAAGAAGAUUCCUUCGAGGAGGUAGCGAAGAAGUUCAAGACAGACUGGCUGCUGCUCUGGCACCUCAACCCCUUCACCGCAAACAGCGUCUUCCCCUCCCUUCAGCGGCUGUACGAUGCUGUCACGUCCACGACCAACAUCGGAAGACUGUACAAACCGAGAUGGGAAGAUACGGUAAGAGUGGAGCUAAAGCAGCGGGGAGGAGAGGAGAGGUGGAUAAGGAUGGAAACAGAUUUGACGGAGGAGGUCUGA